CAACAGAAAAAAGGCAUACGCAGUGAAAACAAAUGGUGCAGCACAAAACAGUAGAUCGGACACGCUAUAUCAUCAUCGUUCCCUGCGUUAUACAGAAUUGCGUUCUAUCUCACGGUCAGCAGAGUAGUGUUGAUGCGUCAACUGAGUUAAAUGAUCAUACACGAGUGCAGUAAUGCUCAGUGAAACAGUGCAUCUCAGGGCAUAACAAGCCAACAGUGUACCUCCGACAUUCAAAGUGUUCAACAUCAAAUAAUUUUCAGAUUUCACCAUGGACUUCUGGAUAAUAUUAGCAACAAUCGUCUUAGUGUUGUUCUUCUACUACUACUUCUCCAGCGGAGAGAAUUUCUUUGAUAAAAAUGGAAUUCUCUACGUCAAGCCGGUUCCCUUCCUGGGGAACAUGGCGCCGAUGAUUUUUCGACAGAAACCCAUGGUGGAGACCAUCAAUGACAUUUACAAAUUGAAUAAAGACGCCAAGUACGUAGGAUUCUUCGACUUUGGAUGCCCAGUUGUGCUGAUACGUGACCAAGAACUAGCGAAAAAUAUAACUGUCAAGUACUUCGACCAUUUCGUCAAUCAUCGUGGCUUCGUUGAUCCUGAGCAGGAGCCCCUCUUCGGUAACAAUCUCUUCUCUUUGCACGAUGAGAGAUGGCGGUCGAUCAGAAAUCUGCUGAGCCCCGCGUUCACCUCCAGCAAAAUGAAGGCCAUGUUCAAACUCAUGUCUGAGUGUGCUGCUACUUACGCUGAUUAUUUCGCUGAACAAUCUCGAGAUAAACCAUACGAGGUCAACUCCAAAGACGCUUUUACCCGCUACACCAAUGACGUCAUAGGUACAUGUGCAUUUGGGGUUAAAGUUGAUUCCAUCAGGAGCCGAAAUAACGAGUUCUACGUUUUGGGUAGGAAAGCAACCACCUUUGAAGGGCUGCAAUCUAUAAAAUUCUUCGCGGUGCGAAGUUUUCCAAAAUUGACAAAAUUAUUCAAUAUGAGAGUCAUCUCUAGUGACGUUGAUGUCUUCUUCAAUAACCUUGUGAGAGAUACUAUCGCGAUGAGGGACGAAAGAGGAAUAUCUAGACCAGAUAUGAUCCAACUGAUGAUGGAGACGAGAAAUAAUAAGGAAGGAGAGGGACCCAAGCUGACGAUUGAAGAAAUGACUUCUCAAGCCUUCGUUUUUUUCUUCGGGGGAUUUGACACUGCGUCAAACUUGAUGUGUUUUGCGGCUCAGGAGAUCGCAGGGCGAGCAGAUAUUCAGGAGAGGCUCCAGAGGGAAGUAGAUGAGGUUUUCGAUAAUCACGAUGGAGACCCUCCAUAUGAAGCUGUCGCCAACAUGGUUUACCUCGAAGCUGUAAUCAAUGAAGCACUCCGAAUGUAUCCGAUCGGUGCAUUUCUGGACAGGGUAUGCAAUACGGAAUUUGAAUUACCUCCGGCUCUACCGGGGAAGAAACCGGUGAUGUUGAAACCAGGGCAAAACGUGUGGAUUCCAGUUUACUCGUACCAGAGAGAUCCUGAAAAUUACCCCGAUCCUGAGGUCUUCGAUCCCGAGCGCUUCAUCAAAAAUGGACGGCCAUCCGCCAAUUCAGCUAACUCUUUGACAUUCGGCCGGGGCCCCAGAAUGUGCAUUGGGAACAGAUUCGCUCUUUUGGAAACUAAAGUACUGUUGGUGCACCUUUUGAGAAAGUGUUCGUUGAGACCUGGUAAAAAGAUGAUUCUACCAGUACGGUUGAGCAGGACCACUUUCGCUAUGGCUGCCGAGGGCGGAUUCUGGGUGGAAUUACAGCCGCGAAAGAUAUAAAUAAUGCUGGAAUACAAGAAAUUGUUUUGCGAUGUAAAUAUGAUUCAGGGUGGAUAUUUUUGUUAAAAAUUGAUGAAUAUGACCCUGUUAUAGUCUGAAAGAUAAUUACUUCAUAUCAAAUGAUGUAAUAAUCGCUGAGAUAAAAUAAAAAAACACUUCCAUAUA